AUGGGAAAGAUAACAGGAAAUAAGAAGAUAUAUAGAGUUGACCCUUUGGGCACAUCAUCAGAAGACAACAACAACAACAACAACAUUGAUGAAGAAAUACCAAUAAAUGCAAACAUCGAAGACGAUGAAACUGGAACUAUAUUAUAUAACCAAGUGAUCAGUCAGUCUAUCAAUGUUGGUGACGAUCCCCAACGACUGCUCACAAUGAUCGACGAUCAGAAUGUCAACCAACGCGACAUUGCCUUCCGCAUGUUGUGUGAGCUGAUCGCCGACGACACUGGCAACUUCAACACAAAGACUUUGAUGCAGCCGGACAACUUGACCAAGGUGAUCAGACGUGUGGUCGACCCUGAGCCCCAAGUAGCCGCAUUGGCCAUGGGUGCACUUCGCAACCUGACCAUCACCACCGAGGCAUCAGUCGAGAUGCUUCUCUCAUUGGACGUGCUCACGCCACUCCUCGCCAACUUUGACAAGUCACUCGCACUUCUCAUCUCUAUCCCCGGCAACAAGUACCGCGCCAAGGAAGGCCUCUUAGGUCAACACAUCCUACUCCAAUCAUUGGCACUAUUGACCAACCUUUGUGAGUUGUCAGACAAAGCAUUCGAGUUGAUCACAAAGGCAAUGAAUAACUUUAGUAAGUUGUUCAAUAUAUUGAUCGCUCAUGGUGAGUUCUUGCCAGAGUUGGUUUUCUUUGUUGGCGAGUUCCUCUCGAUCAUCACAGAGGACAACCCAACAUUGUGUUUGACUGUAGGCAACGAGCUGUUGAUGCAGCUGUUCCAAUGUGUCAGUGGCCAAUCCACCAUGUCGAUCAAGCUCAAGUCACUCAUCUCGAUCACGUUGCUCAACAUUGGUUCACAUUACAAUCGUGUCAAGGUCAGUGAGACCAUCACACCGGUGCUCUUGACCGCUUUCCAGUUCCAGCCACUGCCCGCCCUGAUGAUCAUCCAGCAGCGUCUCAAGCAGAUGGCCGAUGCCGCCAUCUCACAGGAACAGGAGGAGGAUGCUGCCGCCGCUGCUGCUGGCAACGACAUGACAAUGGAGGAUGAUGUGAAGGCUGCCUCCAUCCCUGCCCCCAAAGAGGAGGAAGGCGGUGACAACGAAGACGAGGACGACGAGAUGGAGAAAGAGAUCAAUGUCGAGGAGGUCAAGAAGAACAACGCAGCACAAGCAGAGUUGCUCAAGAUUGAGAAGGAGACCGAGCAGAUGAUCGAACAGUGGAAAGACUCACUGAGUGCACAGCAAUCAGCCAUCGAGAUCUUCACAAACAUCUUCUCAUCCGAUGAUGAUGCCAAUGCCGCUGGUCAGAGCACAACCGACAGUCCCUAUGACGAAGACGACAAGUUCCUGGACAUUGAAGACAUCCAAUCCGACACCAAAGAGCAAGAGAUAUCACCUCUGAUAAAAUACCUAGAGACUACAACCCUUUUGACAAACUUGAUGGAUUUCAUCGAGUCUGUGGAGUCACAUGACUUGACAGCAAUCGCCAGACAGGCCACCGAGAUGAUGUCAUUGAUCAUCACAUUGAAGACAGUGUAUUCAAGAGCAAUCACAUGUCUUUCCAACUUGUUGCUCUCAUUCACACCAUCAUCCAUUCAUUCACAACCAAAGCUGUGGCAACUCCUUCUAAAGAUUGCCUCACACCUCAUUCGACAAGGUGUCAUCUCACAAGCAAAGACAGAAGUAUCCCGACCCGACCCAAUCCUAAUCAAUCACCAACACAUCACAUAG